GCCGUGGCACCGUGUCCGAUGCCGUGUCCCUCCCCAGCCGGCCUGGAGCAGGAGUUCGAGGUGACAGUGAGGCCGACGCCGUCGUCGCAGCGCUGCCAGCUCCGGGGCCGCUGCAUCCUGCGGGCCGCCGAGGAGUCCCUGGAACUGCGGCAUCCGCGGAGCCGGGAGCCGCUGUUCCGCUGGCCCUACCGCUUCCUGCGCCGCUUCGGCCGCGACAAGGUGACCUUCUCCUUCGAGGCCGGCCGGCGCUGCGAGUCCGGAGAGGGCAACUUCGAGUUCGACACCAGGCAAGGCAAUGAGAUCUUCGCGGCCAUCGAGGCGGCCAUCGAGCUCCAGCGGGGCCGUGGUGCAGAGGAGUCGCGCCGGGGAGGCCCCGCGGACGAGGGCCUUGACCGGGCCGCUCCGGCCGGGCGGGCGCAGGGCCGCGAGGAGCACGAGGGCCCCUCUGGGGAGGCCAAAGGGCUCAAGGCCAAGGCGGCGAUGCCCCCUGGGGCAGGGGAGUGCUCGGGGCCUCUCCAGCCUUCGCGGGGUGCGGAUUUUCCCUACACCGAGCCCCGCCGUUCCCCACGGCAGAGGCCGGACGGCGCCGAGGUGGAGCCCGAGUAUGCCGUUCCCUUCGACGCCGUGGCCAAGGCCUUCCUGGCGCGGCGGUUCGGCGGCCUGGGCCGGCCCCAGGAGGAGGUCCCCGAGCUCCCGAGGGUCCCCAGGGAUGCAGGAGGGGGUGGGCAGCCCCCCGGCCGCCCCCCGGCCCCCAAAGCCGAGCACAUCUACGAUGAGCCCGAGGGGCUCGCGGCGCUCGCACUCUACGAUGAGCCCGAGGAGGUGAAGGGGGAGGCCUGGAGGCUGCAGGCGGCCCCCGAGGAGCCCCCCGGGCUGGGGUGUCCCUACAACGCCCAGAGCGACGACUACGCCGUCCCCAAAAGAUCCUUCCUGCUCCCCGGCUCGGAGCGGCUCGGCCACUGCGACUACGACAACGUGGCCCUUAGGGGGGCCAGGAGGAGGAACCUGCAGUGAGGAGCAGCGCGGACAGAGGAGGGGGCGACACCACAAAUGCCCCGGUCUGACUCUGGGCCAUGGGGACACAUCUGGGCAGCGGGGUGGCACAGCCGGGGAUGGCAGGGGACACCUGAAGGGUGGCAGGGGACAGCUGUGGGUGUCAGGAGGCAGCCGGGGGUGGCAGUGCCAGCUGGCAGCCCGGGAGCGAGCCGUGCCGCUGGAGGGCAGUGCGAGCCCGCGCAGCGGCCGUGCCCGGGAGCCCCGGCCCCGCUCAGACCCAGCUCCGGCCCCGGGAGUCCCGGCCCCGCUCGGACCCGGGAGUCCCGGCUCUGCCCCGGCCAUCCCCCCGGGAUGCGCUUCCAGAGGCGGCUGGAGCAGGAAUGGGCCUGGGCGGCUCAGCUGGAUGCGCUUCCCCAGGGAUGGACAUCCCGAAUCCCACAGGAAUGGACAAUGCUCAUUCCCAGGGAUGAACAUCCCGAAUCCCACCGGGAUGCAGAUCCCACCCCAUGGGAUGGACGCUGCUCAUUCCAGGGAUUCGGAUCCCUCCCGUGACGCACACAGCCCCCAGUGCUCCCAGUAUGUUCCAGUGCCCAGGCAGAGCCGCUCCUUCCCUGCCCAAAGCUCCCUCCCGCCCCUCGCUCAGCAAUCCCCGAUUCUGGCUGCUCCAAUUGUUUGGAAUUCCCCAUAGAGCACCCCUUUCCAGGCCCUCGGAAUUCCAGAUCGAAAACUGGACUUUAUUUCCAUGGAGAUGUUCACCGCUGGCUCCAGUCCUCCCAGUAAAAACCAAUACAAACCAGUACACAGCCCCUGGGCCAUCCUCCUCCUUCUCCUUCUCCUUCUCCUUCUCCUUCUCCUUCUCCUUCUCCUUCUCCUUCUCCUUCUCCUUCUCCUUCUCCUUCUCCUUCUCCUUCUC